AUGACUAUUUUUAAGACAGCUACUCUCGUCGCAUUGGCCGCUGCGCUGGCAAAUGCCCAGUCUGCAAACCCUGGCGUUGGUUCAAACCCUAAGGCCGACGGUGCAACCGACGAAGUCACUUCGAAUACUGGACCCAAUGGAUCCGAAGAUUGGCUAAAUACCGGUAUUACCGACGGCGGUUGGAAGCCGCCGUUCCUUGCACUCGAAGACAUCUACCACAUCUCGCUAGAUACUUUCUACGGCGGUAUCGGAUCUUCCUGCAAGCAGUACGACCAGUACUUCCAAAGCGCCGGUUCAAAGUACAACGUCGAUCCCGUCAUUCUAGCCGUCUCUUGUGCCAACUAUCCCAACGGCGAGUGCACCGACUCGAUUCAGGACAACGUCGAUGCCGGCACAAACUAUCUUCAGGAUCAGAUCAAAUCGAAUGGCGGAAAUGCGAUCCAGGCUUUUGGCGCGUAUAACGGAUGGUUUGUGGCUGGUAAUGGACUGAACGACAACAAGGGACUCACAGAGGAUUAUCCCUGCUCCUCCGAGGGACAGUCAAAUGGCGUGCCCCAAAACCUGGAUUAUCUUCACCAAGUACUUAAUGGAUGGUUGUUGGGGCUGGAUGUAUAUGGAGAUGAUAACUGGAUUGGAACUUACAAGUGUGACCAGUCUUGCAGCAAUGGCAGCAAGUGCUAA